AUGGAUGCUUUAGAACUGCUACUGCUGUUAUGGGAUCCACGCCUUAAGCCUUGUAUUAAAAAUAAAUACGGAUCAACAGGAUCCUUAUUAAAGAUCAAAAGUUCAGGAUACAAAAAUUUAUAUUUAGUUCUAAGCUUUCCGUGGAACAGUCCUAAAAGUUUCCUAAAUGUGGAGAAUUAUGAAAAUUGUUGUUAUGCACAGUUUUCUCACGAGUCUCGACAUAAAGACGAUAAAAUUGGGUGA